AUCAAAUAAUAUAAAUAAGCCUUGCUUUUCUCUGUAAAUCCAUAUUCUUUUUUCUUUUUCUUUUUAAUUUAUUCUCAUGUAUAAAAUCGUAUUUAAACUUUUGAUCCUCUCUUAUUUGGUCGCGCUUGUCUAUGCUAGCUGUGGUAUCACGUUUGAAUCCGACGAUGGACACCAUAAGUGCUAUGGUAAAAGUACAGAAGACUGCAAACGGGUAGCACAUCACGUUAAGGACAAGAAAAUGUGCAAGUCUUAUGAACAACACAGCGCUCGCGGAUUUAGAGCCAAGGACUGCCACGAUUCCAAGGAAUUAAAGCACAUCUGUCAAGAACAUGGUUGUGAAUAUGAACAUUAAUUCAUUCACAUUUUAAAGCUUUUUUUUAAUAAAGUAAUUUCCAUUCUCUCUACUCACAC